AUGUCCCUCUCCUUGUCCUCUCCCUUUUCCUCUUUCUCUCCCUUCCUUUCUCGCCUGUAUAGAUCUGUGUGUUUUUUAAUGUCUCCCGCCUCGUCCUCUCUUUUCCACUUUCUUCUUAACCUUUUCUCCCCCCCCCACCUUUCUUAUUUCCAUCGCCUAAACUCUUCAGUAUUGAGCUGUGACUUUGUUGAAGUGAUCUAUAAGUCCUUCUUUCUCCCUCAACUUCUCUUCCUUCUGCAUUUUCUCCUCCUCUUCCUCCUCCUCUUCCUUCUACUCUUUCUCAUGCUCCUCCUUUUCUUUCUCCUCCCCUUUCAAAUUUUUAUCAUCCAACAUUUCUCUUGUCUCUCUAGAACUACUUGUGAUUUAAUUAUAGAGAUCUUCAAGUUCCUCUCCUCUUUCUCUUCCUCUUCCUUCCCCACUUUCUCCUCAUCCUCCUCUUCCACAUCCUUUCCCUCCUACUCCUUUCUACCCCUCCACUACAUAUUUCUCUCUCUCUCUCUCUCUCUCUCUCUCUCUCUCUCUCUCUCUCUCUCUCUCUACCUACCUAUCUAUCUGAGAGAUAAAUAUCAAGAGAGAGAGAGAAAUCUGUUCAUAUCUAUCAUCUAUCUAUCUAUCUAUGGCAGUCUGUUCAUAUCUAUCUAUCUAUCUAUCUAUCUAUCUAUCUAUCUAUCUCUAUAUAUAUAUAUAUAUAUACUGGGUUAUUCAAUAAAUAACAGCAAUUAUAAUGAUAUCAACAUUACUAAAAUAAUCGAUCACUCUCUCUUUCUCUCUCUCUCUCUCUCUAUCUAUUUAAGACUUCUAUCAAUGUCUAUCUAUCUAUCUAUCUAUCUAUCUAUCUCCGUCUCUUCAUUUUAUUCAUAUCUAUCUAUCUAUCUAUCUAUCUAUCUAUCUAUCUAUCUAUCUCCGUAUGUUCAUAUCUAUCUAAGUCUUCUAUUCAUAUCUAUCUAUCCAUCUAUCUACCUAUUUAUUCUUAUCUAUCUAUCUAUCUAUCUAUCUAUCUAUCUAUCUAUCUAUCUAUCAAAGUUCAUGUGUAAAGUUGCCGAUAAACAACGGCAUUUAAUUAAAUUCGACACAAAGCAACGAAAGAUGGUUGACUAUUAG